AUGGCAACUAGCUUAGAUGGAGUGCGUCACUAUGAGGGCAAUAUCACAACAUUUGUACUGAUUACAUGUUUUGUGGCUGCAAUGGGAGGUCUUCUCUUUGGAUAUGAUCUUGGUAUUACAGGAGGAGUGACUUCCAUGGAACCAUUUUUGAUGAAGUUCUUUCCUAGUGUGUACAAAAAGAUGAAAGAUGAGUCAGAAAGUAAAAAUCAAUACUGCAAAUUUAACAACCAACUUCUUACAUUAUUCACCUCUUCCUUAUACCUUGCAGCACUACUAGCUUCGUUUUUUGCUUCUACCACAACUAGAAUGUUAGGGCGUAAAGCCUCUAUGCUCAGUGGUGGCUUAUUUUUUCUUAUUGGUUCACUAUUGAAUGGGUUUGCCAUGAACAUUGAAAUGUUAAUCAUUGGUCGUAUACUUUUAGGAUUUGGAGUGGGAUUUUGUAAUCAGUCUGUACCAGUGUAUUUGUCUGAAGUGGCUCCACCAAAAAUUAGAGGAGCACUCAAUAUUGGCUUCCAAAUGAUGAUCACACUUGGUAUCCUAGUUGCAAACCUAAUCAACUAUGGUACAUCCAAACAUACAAAUGGAUGGAGAAUUUCUCUAGGCAUUGCAGCUGUGCCAGCAAUUGUAUUAUGUAUAGGAUCUCUCUGUGUUGUUGAAACACCUAAUUCUUUGAUUGAAAGAGGAAAAUAUGAAAAAGCUAAGAAAAUGUUGGAGAAGAUUCGUGGAACUGAGAAAAUUGAUGAGGAAUAUCAAGAUCUUGUUGAUGCUAGUGAAAUGGCAAAGAAGGUAGAACAUCCAUGGAAGAACAUUGCAAGAGCAAAGUACAGGCCUCAACUAAUUUUCUGCACUUUUAUUCCAGCCUUUCAACAACUCACUGGCAUCAAUGUCAUCAUGUUUUAUGCCCCAGUUCUCUUUCAAAUUUUAGGCUUCGGUGGUGAUGCUUCACUCAUGUCUGCAGUUAUUUCUGGAGCUGUUAACGUUGUUGCCACACUAGUUUCUAUCUUCACAGUAGACAAGUUUGGAAGAAGAGUGUUAUUUCUUGAAGGUGGUGUCCAAAUGUUUAUUUGUCAGGUUAUUGUUGGAAUCAUCAUUGCUUUAAAGUUUGGACUAAAUGGUCAAGGAGCAUUUAGUAAAGUUGAAGCAAAUAUUUUGUUGUUCUUUAUAUGUGCAUAUGUUGCAGCAUUUGCAUGGUCAUGGGGACCAUUGGGAUGGUUGGUGCCAAGUGAAAUAUGCUCUCUAGAAAUUCGACCAGCAGGCCAAGCUAUUAAUGUUGCCACCAACAUGUUAUUUACGUUUGUAAUUGCUCAAGUCUUUCUUAGCAUGCUUUGUCACAUGAAGUUUGGUCUCUUCUUCUUAUUCGGAGGAUUUGUGGUUAUCAUGACUAUUUUCAUUGCAUUUCUUUUACCCGAAACCAAGAACAUUCCAGUUGAAGAAAUGAGUAUACUUUGGACUUCACAUUGGUUUUGGAAGAAAAUUGUUUCCAAGGAUAUUGAGUUCAACACUAGGAACAAUAACAGUGCUAUGUAA